AUCUUCAAGCUGCUACCUAGGCACUACCCGCUCAGUCUUCAACGAGCUUGGAUUAAAAAGAUGAUAGCGCUCUCCUCUAUGCUAUGCCGCAGAUUUUGAUUCAAGACGCCAGCCUCGAAAGCGCAGUAAACGAUCGUCGAGUACAAUGAACUCCAUCGACGGCUCCAACCGUCACGUAAAAACAGACGAAGCUCCUCCACCGUCACUCUUAGCCAUCGUCCUCGAUACCAACCCACACGCUUGGGCGCAUCUAUCGUCCACACUUCCCCUCUCCGCUGCCCUUGCCAACAUCCUCGUCUUCAUCAACGCGCACCUAGCCUCAGGCAAUGCAAAUGAGGUUGCAGUUAUAGCAUCACACUCCCACAAGACUACAUUUCUAUAUCCAACGCCAAUCCUGCCGCAGCCGCAGCUACGGCAUGGAACCGCAAAUGGCCAUGUCGAAACGGGCCAGGCCAGGAACGACAACGAGCAGCAAAUGGUAGAGAGUGCCAACAAAUACCGGCCCUUUGCCGUCGUUGAGCAGGCCAUCCUACGAAAUUUCUCCAAGCUGCUGGACGAGACAACGGAAACCCAUCUUCAAGCGACACCAACUACUCUCAUCGGUGGCGCGCUCUCUCUAGCGCUAACGUAUAUCAACAAGUCCACUAUUUUGCAUGCUCCAACGGCGGCCUCCGCCGAAAGCAUCUCUCUCGCAGCGCUCGCAGACUCCGAAAACACCCACGUCGACCACGUACCGCUCACAUCUCGCAUCCUCAUCGUCUCCGUAUCUGGUGAUCUUGCCAACCAAUACAUCCCCGUCAUGAACUCGAUAUUCGCCGCACAAAGAAAGAAGAUACCGAUAGACAUCUUGAAAUUGGCAGGAGAUACGGUGUUAUUACAGCAAGCUAGCGACGCAACUGGAGGCGUGUACAUGAAGCCGGAGCGACCGGAGGGCUUGCUCCAGUACCUGAUGAUGGCAUUUUUGCCCGAUUCAACAGCACGAACAAGCUUGGUGGUCCCCAGCGCCGGUGGAGUCGAUUUCCGUGCAGCCUGCUUCUGUCAUAGGAACGUUGUCGACAUCGGCUUUGUUUGCAGUGUGUGUUUGAGCAUAUUCUGUACCCCCAACCUUCCUGAAAACAUGUGCCUCACUUGUGGAUCAUAUCUGUCGCUCCGUAGCGCUGUAAUGAAUCCCCCGGCCCUCAUACCGCGUAAGAAGAAAAAGAAGAAGAAAGCCGGUACCGAGUCUGCCACACCCGGAACAAAUACUCCAGCAGGCUCCAGCACACCCAUGCAUCCUUGAUAGGUUAUUCCAUGAUCGGGUAUUUCCUACCAGAUCGCAAAGUCUCGAAUCCCUUUGUGGACGUAUAUGCAUAUGUGCUACGUACCCCAGAUAAACGAUUUACCAGC